AUGAUAACUUUAACGUAUAUUAUUAGAAUCUAAUACAAAAUAUCCAUUAGAAUCCAACUCUCUUAAUCCAUUAUAACAAUAACAUAAGGAAUAAAAAUAUAACAAAUUAAAAUAUUUAGGAAGAAGAGAAUAGCAGAUUUAAAAUAAAAAGAAAAAGAAAGUUAAAAACUAUUUCCUCCAAUAAUCGUGAGCAAAGUAUAAACAUAAUUGAAGUCACCUCAUUAGCAAUAAUAAAAAGCUUAAGCUAAAGUAAACAAUUUAAGUAAAGAUAUUAAUAAGUUUAGUGAGAUAAUCUUCGGAUAAAUAUAAGUAAUAAUAGCGAGCCUUAGUUCCUAGUAACAAUAACAAUAAUUAAAAAUAAUAAUAAAGACUUGUGCAAGGUUAUAAAAGCCCCUAAAAGUUAAUUUAAAGUUAACACCGUCCCCUCAGCUAACAAUAACAAAGAUAAAAUUAGAAUUAAUAAUAGCAGAUUCACCAGAAACCUAUAGGAAUAUUAGGAGUUAAAAAUAUAUCCAAGCAACUAAGUUUACAAAAUUAUUAAAUUUCAUCCUAAUUAUAAUCUCCUAAAUUCUUUUACAAAGAUAUCGAAUAAAAUCCAAAAAUUAUUAAACAACUCUAGCAGGAGGACAAUUAAGAGAAACAAACUGAUUCAAAUUAGGAUGAUCAGUAAGAUGAAUUUUAAAUAUAUUAGAAUAUAGAUAAUGUAUAAAUAUAAGGGACAUAAAAAAAAAAUUAUAGAUUUUAGGGUGAUUAAUAAAAGAUAUUAAAUAAGAAUUAAGAAAUAAAAAAGGUAGGGUAAUUAGAAUAUAAAAAAAAUGGAAUUUUCACAAACUAAUUACAAAAAUCAUAGAAUUAUGCAGAAUUAAAACCACAUCCAGUACCUUUAGAAUAAUCUUAAUCGACUGAUUAUAAUUGUAAAAAUUAAAAUAAUGCAUAAUAAUAACGAAUUUAAAAUAAAUCUUAAAGUACUGAAGACAAAAAAUAACAAAUAAAUACAGAAUAGCAAUAACCUGUAUAAAUUUAAACAGAAAAAGUCCUUUAUUAGAAUCAAACAAUAAAAUAGACCAAGGUUAAAUUAAAUUAGGAAGACAUCCCAUAAAUAUAAGUUCAAAAUCCUCAAAGUUCCAUCAAGGGAAUUCAAGAUGAGAAUCAAGCAGAAGCCUCUUUACAUAAAGAAGGUUACGUGGUAGAAUAAAAAUUGUAAUAAGUAGUAGGGCAACAUUAAGAUGUUGAAAAAGUAAGAUCCUCAAAUUAACAUGUAUAGGAUUAAGCAAAUUUAAAUGUUGUCUAAUAAAAUAAUGAAUUAGCUGAAUUUAAAAAAAACAAUGAUUAAGAUGCAUAAGGUCCAAGUUAAGAAUAAGAUGGUUCAGAAGAACCGGAUGGAAUGCCAUCUUCUGAUAGUUAUGGAUUGUAAAAUACUAAUAAAGAAGGUGUAAAUGAAGAAGUUUUGGAAUAGCCAAAUGAAGUUUUAUUAGUCCCCGAAAGUUAACCCAAAUGUUUGGCUUAUUAGAAUNGA